AUGGCAUCUCAAAGAGUAACAAGAAACAAUCCUGCGAUAGAGCCAGUUCCUGCAGUCAUACAAGCAGAACCGGAAAUUCAAGAUGACUCAGAAAUACUAUCGGAAGCAUCUUCACCAGACAACUCCAUGAUCGACAAUAGAAUUGAACUAUUAAGAUCCCAACUGCGACGACAGAACGACGAACUGGUGAAACAAACAAUAUUAAUGCAGCAAAUGGAGAAAAAGGUAGAAGGAAAAGCAGAGAAGCACGCAUUACAUGAAAUUAUUGAGGGCCAAGUAAGUUUGGUAACUGAAAACAGAGCACAAAGAGAAACGAUCCUAGCAAUAGGAGAAGAAAUAAAGCAAAUCAGAGCCGACAUCAAAUGGGACAAUGACUACGUCCCGUACCUAGCAACAAUUGUUAGAAAUAUGCUUAAAGAAUACAUAGACCGGGGACUCAUAAACCCACGACCAGUAGAAGAGGUACCAGAUCUAGAAGGGGAAGAAACGGAGAGAAGGCUAGAGACAACCCCUCGGAAGGAAGAGAGAUCGAUAGAGGAACAACAGAUUGAACCUCGGCCAGAACCAGAAACCGUAAAUCUGGGAAGAGAAUCGGCAUCUCCGAAACCAAGCAUGGCAGAAGAGAGAUGGAAUCUCGUGGAGGAUAGACAGUACGUUCGAGAACAACUACUAGAAAGUAUAGCUCUGGCAAAAACAGACCCAGAGCGUAGAGAAAGACACAAAAUCAGAGCAAAAGCAAGAUAUGAGACCAUUCAAGAGUUGAACAGAAAAUUAGCCUUGAUCUCAACAGCAGAACAGAAAGUAAAAGAUAGAAAAAUAGAGGACAAAAUGAGAGAAGCGAUGGAAAGAUUGAAAGAAACAUCAGUCACAGUCGCUAGAACAGCGUUACCUCUACCGACUUUUAACGGAGACAUCACAGCCUGGAAAGGUUGGAGGUUAAUGUGGGCAUCAUACGACCAAGAUCCACAACUGUCAGAAGUAGAGAAAUUCCAGUAUCUACGGAAUGCGAUGAGAGGAAAAGCGGCCGAAUGUAUUGCUAACAUCCAAUUCGACAAAAACCAGUACAAGAAUGUACUAGACAAAUUAGAAGGCAGGUUCGGUGACCAGAAGAAACUAAAAAGUCACUACACCACGGAGCUGAAAAAGCUUCUUGCAACCAGACUACUAAAUACAGCUAGUACAGAACAGCUACAGAGAAUAUACGAUGGGGUGAACAACACCAAGCUGGCAUUUGAAAAUUUGAAUAUAGACAUAACCAGCUGCGGCGAAUACAUCACGACGGACAUACUUGAUGCCCUACCAAAAUCGCUGACAUCAAGAUGGUGGAGGGAGAAAUGGAUCGAAGAAGGAGACCCAGACGUGAACAACAUCUUAAAAGAGCUAGGCAAAGAAAUCAGACUAAGAGAAAUGGAGGAAGGUAGCACACGACAGUCUACUGAAACUUCUGACUUCAGACAGAAUAGACCGGCAGGCAGGUUAGCACCAUGCUGUUUCUGUCAACAGAGCCACCUACACCACAGGUGUACAGUAGGAACACCUCAGACAAGACGCGCAAUUUUCGAAAGAGAUAGAAGAUGCCUAAAGUGCCUAGGCAGAUCACAUAAUGCCGCACAAUGCACAACACACAUCCCUUGCAGGAUAUGCGGCAGUAUAGAACACAGCCCAGCAUUAUGCCUAGGGAGGGGUAGAACACAAAACUUCCCCAAUCUAAACAGGUCGCAGUCGCCGCAGAGGCCUCGAACGGUCACAAUUGAGACCAAUACAAACCUAAAUCGGACGGUGGCGCAAGGGCUACCGACCUUCUCAGCGAAAAUGUUAGGAAAAGAUCAAAAGCCAAUAGAGAUAUUGGGGCUGAUAGACUCCGGAAGUGACAGAACAUUUAUCAGACAGGAUCUGAUAAAUAGACUCCACACCGAAGACUCACAUAAAACAGAGCUGAGCAUCAACACGUUUGGAAACAUGCAACCAAGAACAGAAGAACUAACAACCCAUAACGUUUGGAUGAUAGCUCCAGACUCAGAAAGAAUUCAGAUAAAAGCCACAGCAAUAACCUACAUGUCGAAGGCUACGGAGAAGGUGCAAUCGACAUUAAUAGACGAUCUCAAAGCGAACAAUGAAGAGAUUGCAGACAAAAGACACAUUGACUCAAAAUAUAACAGACCAGAAUUCGACCUGAUCAUCGAGUGUGAUUAUUUUUGGAGAAUUAUGACCCACCAGACAAAGCAAGGAAGUGACGGGUCAGUAGCUUGCGCAAGCAAGCUAGGAUGGAUUAUAUUCGGAGCCGCAGAACAACAGACAGGAACUUCCGUGCUAACAACCACGGGGAAAAACAACACCAAACCUUUAGUGGAUUUCAGAGAGUUCUGGGCACUAGAGCAUAUGGGGAUAACCCAGGAAGAACUGGAAGAUCCCGGAUUUCUAAAAACGUAUCAGAAUACGAUUAAGAGAAAUAUGGACGGAAGAUAUGAAAUAUUAUUUCCGUUUAGAAACAACCGUAGAUCGGUUGAGACGAACAAGAACAUAGCCUCAAUUAGGCUGACAAACCUUCUCAGGAAGAUGACGAAAGAAGAGAAGGUUGAAUACCACAAAAUAUUCGUCCAAUACGAAAAGGAUGGUUACAUAGGAGAGGCAGACAGUAGCUAUGACGGGGUCUGCACCUAUCUACCACAUAGACCAGUCAUUAAAACGGAAGCCAAAACUACGAAAAUUAGACCCGUUUUUGACGGUUCCACACAUCAGCAGAAUAAACCGAGUAUCAACGACCUGCUAGAAACUGGACCAAACUUAAAUCCAGAGAUCCUGGCAGUACUGCUACGGUUCCGGCAGAACAAAAUCGCCUGGACGGCUGAUAUAGCGCAAGCAUUCCUACAGAUAGGAAUACAGGAAGAACACGAGCAGCUAAUAAGGUUCCUAUGGAUCGAAGACCCCGAUCAAGAGCCGGCCAGAGUUAAGGAGUACAGAUGGAAACGAGUACCCUUUGGGCUGUCAUGUAGCCCCUUCAUCUUAAGAGCUGUGAUUUUGAAAUGCCUAGAAGAACACCAGUCAGCAUUUCCAGAAUUGACAAAGCAAUUGGAACACCAACUAUACGUGGAUGACUGGUUGGGGGAGCUGAUAAUAUCAGCGAAGCAACCCUGCUGA